GCUAAACCUUUGCUAUCCGUUAUGGAGCCCAAAAAUGCGUAGGGGAUAAAGGAUUCGGGUGUGCGUGUGUAUGGAUGUGUGGAAGGAUGGAAAAGACAAUGAGAGCCGCAUGACAUACCUCGCAGCAACGAAGCCAUCGCGACCGAUCCUCCCUACACUCGGGGCAUACGAGAGAAAGUUGGUGGUUUUGGCAGUGACGGUGGCAGUGGCAGUGGCAGCGGUCCCGACGACGGAUGUGCCUGAGAAACGACGCGUGAAACAGAUGUUAUACAAAGAUGAAGUGAAGGACAGAGCCGGAUCGCCAAGUGAUUGUACAGAAAAGGAGGUAAACAGUGGUGAUGCAGAGCUGUGGUGGGCGAGACCGCGAAAGGCGGGAAUCCCACGCGCCCACGACCGCCCGGCCAGCAGCUGCCCGAUUGGGUUCAUCCUUCCUUGCUCUCUCUCUCGCGGAAGGCCCGCAAGCCGUGAAAGCCGUGAGAGGCGGAAACGCUACAGCUCUAUAUGGUCCAGAGCUAGCUAAGCUGUGUGGGUUGGAGGCAGGCUAUAGUCAAUCAACCUCUCUGGCUGACCAUUGCCCUGAAUGAUUGGCCCUAUCGUCGUUGUCGUCGUCGUCGUCGUUUCGGUUGGCAAAAGGGAUAUG